UCGAAAUCAACGAAGAUGGACUUUCUUGAAAUGGAAGAGACCGACGCUUUCUACGAUUCCUGUCGCACGAGGGCGCUACACGAAUUCAAUGAUGAUUUAGAACAAUCACUGGAAUUGACAAAAGACGUUUUUCAUGCGCUGGUUCAGAACAAAUUAAUUUCAAAUCAAGUGAUGGAUAUUUUAAGCGGGCCAUCUCUGGACAAUGAAGCUAAAGUUCAAGGAGUUCUGUUUAACAUCAAGAAGAAUAUGACAGAGGAUAAAUUCAACAGAUUCCUGAGCGUCAUUGAGAGCACUGGGUUAAGACACAUCGCCAAAGCGAUCUGGAAAAGCUACUCUGAGAGGGCCAAUGUCUUUCAGCCGAAGACAAAACACGUUGGUUGCCAAACUGAGAACAAUGUGCCAACGAAACUUCCCAUCAAAGAGAGACAAAAACUUUACCGAAUUUAUGACAAACUUAACAAAGGGUUGAAAGGGAAACAUGGCCGACGCUUUCAUUUUGAUAACUCUCCCAAACCAGACGAGAACUCGAUUCGAAUAGAAGAUGUGGAUAGAGAGAUAGACAAAUUACUGGAAGUUUUCCAUGAACAAAUACAUUACAUUGCAAAAUUCUGUGAUAAGCUUGGACUACAUGCUCACGAGUUACCGACGGUGAGUCAGGAAAUAGAAAAGCUGGUUGGUAAAUGCAAGACGUUAGAAGCCAAAGUGAACAGUAUGUCUGUAAAUUCGUUGUUUAGCCAGUACUUCAAGGAAGAGACCAGCGCAUCUUCUUUUUCAAGUACGAAUCGGAAGGAAAAGAACCCGGAACCAAUCAGUUACAGAUCCAGUACACCUGUACCGACCUUAGACCUUCAAACGACAACACGGACAAAAGACAACCAUGUCAGGAGAAGCAACAAUAAAAUUCAUUUUGAAGAUCGUGAUGUAAUUAAAAAGGACGACAAAGACAAAGAAUCAUUUCAGAAUCAUCGAAAAUCGUCAAAACAGACGAUGAUGAUGACAAAUGGAUUCCGCAUCGACACCACAAGGACAAGCGCCAUAAUGCAGACUCAUCUUUCUCCAUUCGAGAUCGCUAUUCUCGAAUCUAAAACCAGAGAGAGUGUUCACUUCCCGUCACGUGAUUACAGUGCAAAAACCAGUAAUCAUAAUUCUCAGUUUGAAAAUGGGUCAAAGCACCCCGUAAAGGGAAGACAGGCUGAUAUUCCAAGGACAGAGAUAUGGAAAAAUUUGAAAACACGAAAACAAAACACGCGGGCAACUGUUCAUAUUUACACCGACAACAUGAGGCUAUCGAUUAUCUUAGCAGUUCUUGUUACGCAGUUUGUGGUUGCCCUUUCUAGGCGUUUGAAGGUGAAUCCUGUGAAAUUUAAAGACUGUAGCCAUGUAAGAGCUCUGGGUCAUAUGAAGAAUGGCACGUAUACAUUAUGGAUGAAUGACACAACACCCUUCAAGGUACGCUGUGAGCAUGGAGCGUCUAAUUCGUUCACCGUGAUUCUUCGGAGAAUGUACGGGACAGAAAACUUCUACCGUGGUUUCCAUGACUACCAGUACGGCUUCGGUCAUCCCCAGGGAGAUUACUGGGCGGGGCUUAACCAAAUCUACUACUUGACCUCCACAGGUAACAACAUUCUGACUGUAAACAUGCAGGACUGGUACGGAAAUAAUAGAAACGCUCGGUACAAUCACUUCCGGGUCAAUGCUGCGCCAUAUUUCCAGCUUUCCAUUGGAUCUUUUCAAGGUCAAGUUCCAGAUGACCUGGCAUUUAACAACGGCAUGUAUUUUGCCACCCACGACAAACCAGAUGCACACAGUUGCGCUAUCCACCAGAAAGGGGGGUGGUGGUACAACUAUUGCUCCUACGCCCUCCCCACGGGCGUGUAUUACCACGGGGGACCUUACACACCCUCUGGUGGAUAUUACGACGGUAUUUACUGGAAGGAUUGGCAAGGAUAUGGAUAUUCUCUGAAAUAUUUAGCCAUGACUGUUUCAAAUGUCUAAUCUUGACUUGAAAGAGAUGUUGCAAUUUUUCAUGGAUUUUUGGUCAUUUGGUAGGAAAACAAGCUUGGUUUAUGGAAGUAAAUUGCAAAAAGUCCUGUGUAUAUGUACAAUGUAGUAGCAAAUAAAACUUUGAUCAUGAAGAUAUUGCUCAGUUUUGUGAUGUACGGUGUGCUAAUUGAUCUUUAUCUAAUACCUCAUGCUAAAAGUAUUUUCUAUCAUAUUAUAUCUUGAUCGUAAAGAGUAUAGGGUGUUGAUUCAUAUGCCAUUGUAAUUUAUCAUAAAUUAUAACAUUGUUAUAUCUUGCAACAUUUUAAAGUUUUUUAUUAAUAAAUCUUUUAAAGUUUA